GCUAGGCUGCUCGCUUUGCUACUUUGGCCUCCAAUUAUUCUCUCUCUCUCUCUCUCUCUCUCUCGCUCUCUCACAUUCAAUUCAGACAAAAAAACACAUGAUGCUCUGUCUCUCUACCGUCGAUGGAGAAUUAAACAUUGCAGAUCAUCAAAAAGGUAAGUUAAACGACUGUUUGUAAUCUCUGUAUAUUCUAUUUACAUUCCUUUGAAUAUUCAUUCAUCUGGAAAAAGACCUCUCUUUACAUUCACUCUCCUUUCGAUCGGAGGUCUUGGAAAAGCCCAUCAUGUGAUGAAGGAGCGUUGGGAUUUUUGUUAGGGCUUUUGGAUCGAUAUGUUUCUGUUAAUUACUCCCUUGUAAUGCUAGGGUUUAUUAUGGGUUUUCAACUAUUCAAGGAGAGUACUAGUGUCGUUGAUUGUUUUAACUAUUGAAUUAAAAACAUGGUGGUGGUGAUCAUCUAAGAUGAUGAGUUGUUAAUUUCGGUGUUGUGGGUUUUGAAGGAAAAAUGGAAAAUUCGGGUUUGGGAGGUGGGUUUUUGUCGGGACCGAGUGGGGGAUUUUUAGACCUUGAAUCAUCGAUUCAAAGGCAUCAGCAGACCCAUCAUCAUCAUCGUCACAUGCAAUCGCCAAUUAAUAUGAUUUCAGGGCUCGAAAAUGAUCACUCCAUUGAGUUUAUGGAAGCAAAGGGUUCAACAACCCAUAAAGGUUUCCCGAUAAAUUUCGGUAAAGGGAAGGCUGUUGUGUCUGGUAAUGCUGGGAAUAGUAACAAUAAUAAUACUAGUGAAGAGGAUGAGCCGAGUUAUACUGAAGACGGGAAUGGCGAGAAUUUCAGUGGGGGAAAGGGUAAAAAGGGGUCUCCUUGGCAGCGAAUGAAGUGGACCGAUAACAUUGUUAGGCUUCUCAUAGCAGUGGUUGCUUGUGUCGGUGAUGACGGUACUCUUGAUAGUGUAGAGGGGCUGAAAAGGAAAUCUGGGGCUUUACAAAAGAAAGGGAAGUGGAAAACAGUCUCAAAGAUAAUGAUCUCUAAGGGUUGUUAUGUUUCACCUCAGCAGUGCGAAGAUAAGUUUAAUGACUUGAACAAGAGAUAUAAGAAGUUGAAUGAUAUUCUUGGGAGGGGAACUUCUUGUAGGGUGGUUGAAGACCCCACUCUUAUGGACUCCAUGCCGCAACUUUCAGCUAAGAUGAAGGAGGUUGUAAGAAAAAUAUUGAGCUCAAAACACUUGUUUUAUAAGGAAAUGUGUGCUUAUCAUAAUGGACAGAGGAUGCCCAACUGUAAUGACCUUGAUUUACAAGUUCAUUCUUUACCUCUCGUGAGAUACUCAAAGGACAAUAAUGGUUCUGAGGAGGAAGAAGCCGGAGAAAAUGGUGAAAGUGAGUCCGAUGAAUCGGAUGAUGAAGACAAAAAUAUUACUGGUGGGGACAUGGAAAGGAUAGGGGAGUACGGUGAGCACAAGAAGCCAAAUGAAGAGGAUUGUAGUAUCUGGUCCCAAUCUAGUGCACUAGGUGGUUUUGAAGCAGAAAUGACUGAAAUCUUUCAAGAUCCUACAAAGUCGCAAUGGGAAAAAAGAGAUUGGAUUAAGAAGCAGAUGUUGCAACUGCAAGAGCAAAGAGUCAGCAUCCAAGUUGAAGCAUUUGAGUUGGAGAAACGGUGUUUUAAGUGGCGGAGAUUCUGCAGCAAGAAAGAGAGGGAGCUCGAAAGGUCUAGGUUGGAGAAUGAGAGGAUGAUAUUAGAGAAUGAACGAAUGGCGUUGCAACUGAAGCAGAAGGAACUGGAGAUGGACUUGAAGAGGUCAGAUGCAUCUUUUGAGCCCACUUCUCUCAACACUGAUAGACUGCAAGAAAGAGAUCAGAUUGAUUUGGGCAAGCAUCAGUAGCUCCUGUGCAAAAAGGGUCUUUGAUGUACUACUGGUAUCAUGAAUGACAGUUAGCCUUUCUUUCUGUUCAAAGUCUCAGUCUUGAAGCCAACCAUGUAAGUUACUUGUUUGGUUUUCGAUUUUUUUUUUUCUUUUUUUCCCUGUAGGAAUAUCUGAAGUCAUCAUUUGUUGCUGAGCUUUCUUCUGUAACGUUGAAGAAGUAGCAUAAGUUUUUCUUUUUCUUUUCUUUUUUUCAAAUUUUUUUUGUCCAUUUUUUUAUAUGUUUAACUUGUCCUGACCAUGUAAGAGUUCUUUUUAUGGUUUCUUGUCUUUAUUCUUGUCUGAGAGUUACGCUGUUGAGAAACGGUAUAAACCUAUUAACUGGCUUUUAGAUCUUGUGCUAUGGACAUGUUGAUGUUAAUUAUAUCCGAAUGAUUGUAGGAUAUUUCAUAUAUAAGCCAAAUUGAAAGA